CCGGGUUACAGCAGACGCCGAAUUCGGAUUCACAUGUAUCAUUGAACUUGUUAAAAAAUACUAUAAACAGAAAGAUACAUUCUUUUGAAACAUAAUACAUUGAUUUUAAAGGUACAAAUAAGGAAUUAAACGCUGCAGGAUGGGCGGUUCAUCCUCCACACCAGUUGUUGACCCGUCCACAAUAAAACAGGAUCUGAACACGAGUGCUGUUCCCGCAGAGUGUCCCAUGCACAAGGACAAAGUUGCAACCACCACGACUACAGUCAGAAGAGAAGCUCGAGGCCUGAGUGAGGCUGAGAAGCAGAAGAUGGCUGUCAGUUUCUCCAGCAAUACACCGAGUGAAUGCCCCAUGCAUCAGGAGGGGAGUGGGGCCAAUGACUGUCCCAUGAGGCAGGGAGAUGGGGGCUCGCCUGCUGAUAUCAACCCAGAUAACAUGAUGCCUGCUCCGAACCAGCGGCCGGCCCCUGACCAGCCCUUCCUGCUGUCAACUGACCGGGAAAAGUCCAAUAUCCCGCGAGCAGGCACAGAUGACAGUUGGGUCUAUCCGUCUGAACAAAUGUUCUGGAACGCCAUGCUUAGAAAAGGUUGGCGCUGGAAGGAGGAAGACAUAGCGCAGCAGGAUAUGACUCACAUCAUCCAUAUCCACAAUGCAAACAAUGAGCAGGCCUGGGAGGAAGUGCUCAAGUGGGAGGCCUUCCAUGCUAGGGAAUGCCAGCAUCCAAAGUUAAAGAGGUUUGGCGGGAAGGCGAAGGACUUUUCACCCAGAGCUAGGAUGCGCAGCUGGAUGGGGUACGAUCUACCGUUUGAUCGGCAUGACUGGAUUGUGGACCGAUGUGGUAAGGAUGUGCGUUACGUCAUCGACUACUACGAUGGGGGGAAAGUGGACCAGACAAACUAUCAGUUUACUCUUCUCGAUGUGAGACCAGCACUAGACUCGUUCUCUGCAUUCUGGGACAGAUCAAAGGCUAACUGGAUGCGCUGGUUCUACUCACGAAAAUAUGAAAUACCGGAGAUAACUGCACCACACCAUAUUGACAAUCAGAGUUACAAUGCUCCCCCUUUGAAUCAAAGUAAUAGUUCAGACAAAGCCUCAUGAGAUUGCUUGUUAUAAGUUAAUGGUUUGUUAGUGUGACUUCAUGUCAUUUUUUUCCCUGGUCAGACUGUUUUGAAGUCAGAAUAGAUAAUGGUUAGGUAUUGGCAUGUGUGUGUUCUACAUGUGCCUUAUAUGAGAACAGAGCUUGACUACAGUACCUUAUGACAGGAGCAAGCUGAACACAAGAGAUUUGAUUAAAUUAUAAACUGUGAACUGUUCUCUAUUGUUUUUUUUGUGAUUUUAAAGGAAUUUAUUUUGAAGAAUAUCACAAUUCAAGAUUGGACUUGCAAAAUCUAGUUGAAACAUUAUGUUUACAGGGACUCGUUCAUGGUUACUUUGUAAAAUGCACUUUUUACGGAUUUGUUUUAUAUUGCAAAGUAAAGUGUAUCAGAUCAUUA